AUGCAAGUCAAUUUUGCAGUAGAAGUUUUCAAAUAUUUUGCAAAACAAAAUGGAAUCGAUCACGUAAGGACAGCACCCUACCACCCGCAAUCCAAUGGUCAAGUGGAAAGGUUUGUCGAUACUUUCAAACGAGCAUUGAGAAAAAUUGAAAGGGGUGGACAACCAUUGGGACAACAGAUUCAGACAUUUUUAGCGACUUACCGAACUACUCCAAGCCGUUAUACGCCAAAUGGAACAUCUCCAGCAGAAGUGCUCCUCGGUAGGAAAGUUAGAACAACUCUUGACCUAUUGUUGCCAUCUCGAGUAGGUCAUCAAGAUAACGACAAUGAUGCUAUACCUUCCAAAUCAUUUGAAAUUGGUGAUAUGAUUUAUUGCCAAGUUCAUAGUAAUAAAAGUUACAAAUGGAAACCUGGAAGAAUCACCGACAAGAUCGGGAAUGUCAUGUAUGAAAUAUCACUUGAAAAUUCCCAGAGAAUUUUGAGAGUACAUGCAAAUCAGUUGAAGAAAAGAUAUGUUAAGUGUUCUGGUAACGAGAAUGACAUUCUGCCCCUCGAAAUUCUGAUGGAAUCCUUUGAGAUAUCUAAGAAUCAGGGAAAAAAUGUGGCCACGACUUCAUCAGCCGAAUCAAGGGAACUACUUCAACCCGAGCCUAUCCUUGAAGUUAUCCCAGACCGCGUUGUACAAAAUAGUCAACAAGAAAUGGACAUAUCUGCAAAGCCUCGAUGUGAAGUUAGACCAACUAGAACUAAACGAAUUCCUCGUUACCUGAAAGAUUUUGAACUCAGAAAGGGAGAUGUUGGGAACGAGUGA